UCAUAAAUUUAAUUAACCGAAAAAACAAACAAAGAAUGGGAAAUUGUUUACGUCAUCAAUCAUCAACGCAAUGGGGCGGCGAAGAUUGGGCCGCAUUGAUUCCGGCGGCCGCGAACGACGACGACGACGACAGCGGCGGCGACAAUAUAGAAGAGAAGGGUCUGCUCCAAUUCCGAAACCGUGGAAGAAUUGGUUCCACGACGUCGUCUUCUGCAACUCAUGAAGUGAAAGUGAAGAUAACGAGGAAGCAGCUGGUGGAGUUAUUGGGUAGGGUCGAUUUAAAAGAGUUAUCAGUGCAACAGGUUUUGGCACAGUUGAUCAAUGUUAGUCAUCAAUAUGAUCAAGCAGAUCAACGGUCCUGGAGGCCUGCACUGCAAAGCAUUCCUGAGGUGAAUUGAGCUGAUGAUCAUGCAAAAGAAUUGGAAUAAUUUCUUUUCUUCUAUCUGUUUCCUUUCUUAAA